AUGGUGGUACUGGGCGAUUGUCCAGCCGACUAUGAGGGGGAGGCCACAGCAACGACACAGGGCGACAUGAUGGCAAAGGUGUUUACGCCAAAUGUUUGUGGACCAUCUGGCGGGAACAUACAACUCCGAAGCACAGACAUGUUCAAGUCGGCGUUGACGGCAGCGCUCCAAUUAGCAAGCGGUAGCCGAGAGAUGGGAGAUAAGCUUCAGGAAGCGAUACGCGAUGAUCAAGCAAAUCCAGCAGACAAUGCAGACAAUGCGGACGACAUCAACGGCCCUAGCGGGUCGUCAGAAGAUGCAUACAACAAUUUUCGGUUUCUACUGGAGAAGCUGCAGGAGACUGAUGCAGAGGUGGAAGCAAACCCCAUGCCACCCCCACCGGUUGGCUUCACAAGUUUUGUCCACAAGGCAGAUGCGCUCCUGUACACUUUGUCCUUGGAGGCAACCGUUUCUGAUCGACAGGCAGACCUCAAGGCAUAUGGUGAGCGAGUAAUCUCAUGUUUGUCAGAUCAAGGUGUGGAGUUGAAGUUGGCGGAUACAAUGCAAGUUGAUAUGCAGAAGCUUUCGCAUGAUAUCUCGCUGGACUUGCUGAACUAUCCGAAGACAGAUCAAGACCAUCACAUCACUGCAGAGGAACUGAUCUCCGAGACCAACACAGGCGCAGGCCAACACAAUGCCAUUACCACCGGGUGGAUACCGCCCUUGUGUGAUCAGAAGAAACGUGCAACUCUUGAACUGGAGCCGGACGUCCUCACAACAGCUUCAUGCAAUCAAGCAGAUCCAGGGCCUUUGGUUGUACUGCCAGUGGAAACACUGUUGAGAAACGCCUGGAACACAGACCGCUACAUGAAGGGGACUACCGAUGUGAAUCAGAGCAAGCCCUUUUUGGUGGAAGAGUGUUCAAAGGCACAUUUGCAAAGGAUCAGAGAUUUAAUGCGAGAUGAUUAUUCCUGGGCGGUCAUUGCAAUGGUAGCGUUGCUGUCGAAUGAGUCCGAUCACAUUGGCUCUUGGUCUGAGUCAUGCCCUUGUCAUCCAUUACCACGUCAAGCCAAGGGCCGUCGAUCAUCUGCAAACAAAGCAGCAAUACAGGAGGCAAAGAAUUGUCCAUUUCGGUGCUGUCGAGCUCCCGAAUUGGCAGUGGGUCAGGGAUUAGAACUUUUGUGCGUCAAGAUGAUGUCGCAUGCUGGCCCGUUCAACGAGUACCUGGCCAGAGCUCCUGCGAACAAGAGAAGUGAACUUGCGUCAUCCUGGACGACUGCAUGUUCAAAGCUGUUUGGACAAAUCUCCUCAAAAUUGGGUCACUGGAAGGAGCUGCCCUGGCUGCUAUGUCCGGACCUUAUGAAUAACAUUUUCACUUUAGAUAUAGAUAGUGAUAAAUAUUUUUGUUUGCCAGUGCUUGCCUUUUGCUACUUCACCAUAUGGUUUGUAAUUACUAUGCGCCAGGCAUGA